CGCGCACCCGCGCACGACGGCCGUCAGGUACGCGGACAAGAUGGCGGCGGCAGCGGGCGACAGCGCGAUGGAGGUGGUGCCGGCGCUGGCGGAGGAGGCCGCGCCCGAGGUGGCGGGCCUCAGCUGCCUGGUGCACCUGCCGGGAGAGGUGCUGGAGUACAUCCUGUGCAGCGGCUCGCUGACGGCGCUCGACAUCGGCCGCGUGUCCAGCACCUGCCGGCGGCUGCGCGAGGUGUGCCAGAGCAGCGGCAAGGUGUGGAAGGAGCAGUUCCGGGUGAGGUGGCCUUCCCUUAUGAAACACUACAGCCCCACCGACUACGUCAAUUGGUUGGAAGAAUAUAAAGUUCGACAGAAAGCUGGGUUAGAAGCCCGGAAGAUUGUAGCCUCGUUCUCGAAGAGGUUCUUUUCAGAGCAUGUUCCUUGUAAUGGCUUCAGUGAUAUUGAAAACCUCGAGGGACCAGAGAUCUUUUUUGAGGAUGAGCUGGUGUGCAUCCUAAAUAUGGAAGGCAGAAAAGCUUUGACCUGGAAAUACUAUGCCAAAAAAAUUCUUUACUACCUACGGCAACAGAAAAUUUUAAAUAAUCUCAAGGCUUUUCUUCAGCAGCCUGAUGACUAUGAAUCCUAUCUUGAAGGUGCCGUCUACAUUGACCAGUACUGCAACCCCCUUUCCGACAUCAGCCUCAGAGAUAUCCAGGCCCAGAUCGACAGCAUUGUGGAGCUGGUCUGCAAAACCCUGCGGGGUGUCAACAGCCGCCACCCUAGCCUGGCCUUCAAGGCAGGUGAGUCCCCCAUGAUAAUGGAGAUAGAGCUCCAGAGCCAGGUGCUGGAUGCCAUGAACUAUGUCCUUUAUGACCAGCUGAAGUUCAAGGGGAACCGAAUGGACUACUAUAAUGCCCUCAACUUAUAUAUGCAUCAGGUUUUGAUUCGCAGAACAGGCAUUCCAAUCAGCAUGUCUCUGCUUUAUCUGACGAUCGCACGGCAGCUGGGAGUCCCAUUGGAGCCUGUCAACUUCCCAAGCCACUUCCUACUGCGGUGGUGCCAAGGCGCGGAAGGGACAACCCUGGACAUCUUUGACUACAUCUACAUAGAUGCCUUUGGGAAGGGCAAGCAGCUGACGGUGAAGGAGUGCGAGUACCUGAUCGGCCAGCACGUGACCGCGGCGCUGUAUGGCGUGGUGAACGUGAAGAAGGUGCUGCAGCGCAUGGUGGGGAACCUGCUCAGCCUGGGCAAGCGGGAGGGCAUUGACCAGUCAUACCAGCUGCUGCGGGACUCGCUGGACCUGUACCUAGCCAUGUACCCUGACCAGGUGCAGCUGCUGCUCCUCCAGGCCAGACUCUACUUCCACCUGGGGAUCUGGCCAGAGAAGUCUUUCUGUCUUGUCUUGAAGGUGCUUGACAUCCUGCAGCACAUCCAGACCCUGGACCCCGGGCAGCACGGGGCGGUGGGCUAUCUGGUGCAGCAUACACUCGAGCACAUUGAGCGUAAAAAGGAGGAGGUAGGCGUGGAGGUUAAGCUGCGCUCCGAUGAGAAGCACAGGGACGUCUGCUACUCCAUUGGGCUCAUUAUGAAGCAUAAGAGGUACGGCUACAACUGUGUGAUCUACGGCUGGGACCCCACCUGCAUGAUGGGGCAUGAGUGGAUCCGGAACAUGAAUGUGCACAGCCUGCCGCACGGCCACCACCAGCCCUUCUAUAAUGUGCUGGUGGAGGAUGGUUCUUGUAGAUACGCAGCCCAAGAAAACCUGGAGUACAAUGUGGAGCCUCUGGAGAUCUCACACCCUGACGUGGGGCGCUACUUCUCGGAGUUCACCGGCACACACUACAUCCCCAACGCAGAGCUGGAGCUCCGCUACCCGGAAGACCUGGAGUUUGUGUACGAGACGGUGCAGAACAUUUACAGUGCCAAGAAGGAGAGCAUCGACGGCUAGUCCCAGGAGGCACUGCGCCUCGGCGCCCCCCAGGAGCCCCGAUGGCCCCUCUGGACCCGGCCGCCGGAAGCCACUUGAGUAGCAGCGCAGCUGCGUGGCUCCGCGUGCGCCCUCCCCCCGCACAGGGACGAGGUCGUGCUCCGCUACACUAGUGAAUGGACUGGAAGGCACUGUUGAGUGGCAUGGCUUGUCUGCUCGUCCUGUGACCGUGUGUGACCUCACAGCCCGCCCCCCCACCCCGCCCCUUCUCCCUCCGUCUGUCUGCAUUUGUCUCCCAGCGGGCCACCGGAUAGAUGGGUUUGCGCAGUGGGGUGAUUCCCUCCUCCUCCGGGUGCAGUCCUGGUGGGGAUCAAAGGCCUCUUCACCCUGCAUUUGGCCGCACGCACCUCGCUCCGCGUGUGGUGGAGGGAGGCCAUAGCAAGCCAGUGGCAGUUAGAAUACUAGAAGUUACCUUCUGCUAAUACACGAAACACAGACUGCAAGUGUUCAUCUUUCGUUUUUUUAAUUUAAAUCGGGAAAUGGCAGUUUUCCCUUCUAUAUUCCUUGGAUUUAUACACAUUGCUAUAAAUCAUGAGUUUUCUAUUUUAUUACAUAAUAUUAUUUGAGAAAAUGCAUAAUAGCAGCCUUUAUGAGUGGAGUUUUCCACAUUCAUCUAUUCCUUCCUUCAGAAUGACUGCUUGUUUCUAGAAAUCUCCAGAAUCACAAGUGGGUCAUGGUUCCAUGGUGGCUGGGUCCCUUCUCGUAGCGAGCCCAGCGCGUCCGGUGUUUAGUACCUGUGCUUUGGGUCUCCAAAGGUCUGCAGUGGGGCUUGCUUUUCAAGUCAGGAACUAAUGAUGCUUAGUUUUGAAAAGAGCACCCCACGCUCCACAUUCCUCCAUCCCCUCCUAGUCUUUCCCUGAACGCAGGGUAGAGAGGAGGAAGUCGGUGUCUUUCAUUUGAAGAGGUGGGCUCGUGAGAACGAGGCCUGCUUGUCAUGUCCCGCAAGGGGAAGCCGGAGGCCCACCCGGCGCGCUGUGCUUCUGCGCUCCACCCGAAGCGAGCUGGGUCCGCAGGAGCCGCCGCUGGCCGUGGUGCAGCUGCUCUGGAGAGCGAGACGCAGGGGCUGCGCCUCUGCACACCCCUUGCCAUUUGCAUGCAGUGUUCCCUGUGCUCGCCAGAUGUGGGGGUCCACCUCAGACACGAGGGGCCGGUGCAGAAGUUAGCAUCACUAGAGGGAGGCAGCCGUCCCAGCCCCACAGGUGAACCUGCUUCUGGAAACCCGUCCGCUCACAAGCCUGGCCUGCCGGGCGGCGGGGGCGCCGGUGCCCAGAACCGAGCGGAGCAUGCUGAGCUAGAGCCGCCGCCGGUUCCUUUCUCCUUACCUGCCGCAGACCAGGAGACACGUCUGGCCGCCACUGACCGCUGUACAUAAUGUACCUAGACUUUUUAAUGUGUUUCCUCAUCAGCGCCUCGUUUGGCUCCCGGAAGCCACUCUCACCUGUGUAAGUUGGUAUUUGGGCACUUUAUAUUUUUCUAAAAAUGUGUUUUGGAUCCUGUACUCUAAUAAAUCAUAAGUUUCUUUUUAAAGAUUUUUCCAAAAGUUUUCUCCAUUUUCAAAAAGCCCUGUUAGAAAAGUAGAACUUUCUCAAUGUUAAGGUAUUAACUAUUUGGAUAUAGUAUCUUCUUUCUCUUCAAAUGGAUGCCAAGAUUUUUUUUUUGUACAAUGAUUAAUAAAUGGAACUUACCCAGAGAAACCCCACCAACA